AUGUAUAGAAUAAUUUCGACGCCGGCGUCAAAGUUCCGCCAGUUCGGGCGACUCCGAUCAAGAACUAGAAACACCGCCAACUCUGACGAGGAGAACGCAUUCCAGAUCCUAUGGCGCUACCAGAUCCUAGACCCGGACAGCGACAUAGUUGCGUAUUGGAACAGGGUGUUCCUCGUGGCAAGUCUCCUCGCUCUCUUCGUGGACCCUCUUUACUUCUUCCUCCCCACGGUGGGUGGCACCGCUUGCCUCAAGGCGGACCCCAGACUCAGCAUCAUCGUCACCAUUAUGCGAACCUUUGCCGAUCUCUUCUACAUCCUCCACAUGGUCUUGAAGUUCCGCACCGCCUUCGUCGCCCCCAAUUCUAGAGUCUUCGGCCGCGGUGACCUUGUCAUGGACCCUCACGAAAUCGCCAUGCGCUACUUGAAGUCCGAUUUUGUAAUCGACCUUGCCGCCACUAUUCCUUUGCCCCAGAUUGUGAUUUGGUUGGUGAUUCCAGCAAGUAGUUCUUCAACAACGGAUCAUGCCAACAACACUCUUGCACUCUUUGUUCUAAUUCAGUAUAUUCCCAGGCUCUUUCUUAUCUUCCCUUUGAACCAGCGUAUCACGAAAACCACUGGCGUUAUUGCCAAAACCCCCUGGAUUGCAGCCGCAUACAAUCUUCUUCUCUACAUGCUAGCUAGUCAUAUUACAGGAGCAACGUGGUAUCUGUCCUCAAUUGGGAGACAAUUCAACUGCUGGAAAGCAGAGUGCGAAAGAGAGAAUAGAUCAAAAACCAUAACUUGCUUGCCUACUUUUCUUGAUUGUAACAGUGUGAGUUUACCUGCAAGGCAACACUGGCUAAAUGUCACUCAAGUUAUUAACAGAUGCGAUCCCAAGGCCAAGCUCAACGUCAAGUAUAAGUUUGGCAUGUUUGCAGAUGCUUUUCUCAAUGAUGUUGUUACUACUAACUUUGUGGAAAGAUACUUCUAUUGUCUUUGGUGGGGAUUAAGAAAUUUAAGCUCGUAUGGACAGAAUUUGGACACAACCACAUACCUCCCAGAGACAUUUUUCUGCAUCUUCUUAUGUCUUGCUGGAUUAAUUCUGUUUUGUCUUUUGAUUGGAAACAUGCAGACAUACUUGCAAUCAAUGUCAGUUAGACUUGAAGAAUGGAGGAUUAGGAAGAAUGACACUGAGCAAUGGAUGAGACAUCGCCAAUUGCCUCCAGACUUGCAGGAACGCGUUCGUCGCUUUGUUCAGUAUAAAUGGCUUGCCACCAGAGGAGUGAAUGAAGAGUCCAUACUACUUGAUCUACCUUUGGAUCUCCGUCGUGAAAUUCAACACCACUUGUGCCUUUCUCUUGUUCGACGUGUCCCUUUCUUCUCACAAAUGGAUGACCAGCUCCUUGAUGCAAUCUGUGAACGGCUGGUGUCAUCAUUAAGCACAGAAGGCACAUAUAUAUUCCGAGAGGGAGAUCCGGUGGACGAAAUGUUGUUCAUAAUUCGAGGACAAUUGGAGAGCUCCACAACCAAUGGAGGAAGGUCUGGUUUCUACAAUUCCAUCACACUUAGGCCUGGCGACUUUUGCGGCGAGGAGCUGUUGACAUGGGCCUUAAUGCCAAAUUCCACCCUCAACCUGCCUUCCUCUACUCGAACUGUAAAAGCUUUAUCAGAAGUCGAAGCUUUCGCGUUGGAAGCAGAGGAUCUAAAGUUCGUGGCCAGUCAAUUCAAGCGGCUUCAUAGCAAGAAACUCCAGCACGCGUUUAGGUACUACUCCCAGCAAUGGAGGACAUGGGCUUCUUGUUUCAUACAGGCCGCAUGGCGAAAGUAUCAGAAGAGGAAAGCGGCGAGGGAGUUGUCUUUGAAGGAGGGACACUUUUACAUGUCUCUCCCUGAGAAGGACAGAGAAAUGGAUCAAAGUGGAGGAUCAUCAUCAUCUCCAGGGAAUGUGAGAAAGGUUCAGAACAUUAGUACAACCAUUUUGGCUUCAAGGUUUGCGGCUAAUACAAGGAAAGCUAAGCUUCGUGGCAGUGAUCCUGUGCCACAGUUGUUCAAGCCUGAUGAACCUGACUUCUCUGUAGAUCGUGAGGAAGUUUAG